ACAGAGAGUUGCCAUCUGACAAGACGAUACAAACUCCAUGGCUGCACAGCCCAUAUUUGGUCCGAUUUAAUAAAUUAAGUUUUCUUAAGGAUUAAAGUAAAAUAUUGCAUGUAUUCUGGGCUUAGAUGUCCAUUUAAAGUGUCCAACGUGAGGUGCCUUUCUCCGUGAUAACUGUGUCUUGUGGUGCAUUCGCGAGGAGCGAUUAAGUCUUUGGAGUGAAAUUGAGAGUGGUGUGAGAGAGGAAAAGAUCCAGAUCGCCGCUGCCCGAGAAGUCCGACGCGAGACGCCCCAGCAUGUCCUUCAGAGUGGUGCGGAGUUCCAAGUUCCGGCACGUGUACGGCACUGCCCUGAAGCGCGAGCAGUGCUACGACAACAUCCGCGUGUCCAAGAGCAGCUGGGACUCCACUUUCUGUGCGGUCAACACAAAAUUCCUCGCCAUCAUUGUCGAAUCGGCCGGCGGUGGAGCAUUUAUUGUCCUGCCCCACAACAAAGUGGGACGCAUCAAUGCAGAUCAUCCUCUGGUUGGCGGUCACAAAGGCCCAGUGCUGGACAUUGCCUGGUGUCCGCACAAUGACAACGUCAUCGCCUCCGGAUCCGAAGACUGCGUCGUGAAGAUCUGGCAAAUCCCAGACGGCGGCCUCUCGAGGACCCUCACGGAGCCCGUGGUGGAUCUGCUGUACCACCAGCGGCGCGUCGGUCUGGUACUGUGGCAUCCGUCGGCCCUCAAUGUGCUGCUGUCCGCCGGCUCGGACAACCAGGUGGUGAUCUGGAAUGUGGGCACGGGCGAGGUGCUGGUGCACAUCAGCUGCCACCCGGACAUUGUGUACAGCGCGUGCUGGAACUGGGAUGGCUCGAAGCUGGUGACGACGUGCAAGGACAAGAAGAUACGCAUUAUCAACCCGCGGACGGGCGAGGUGGAGAGCGAAGCGCCGUGCCACGACGGCUCCAAAGCCACCCGAGCCAUCUUCCUGCGGCAUGGACUCAUCUUCACGACAGGUUUCAACAAAGGAUCAGAGAGACAGUACUCUUUGCGGGCGCCGGAUGCCCUGGAGGAGCCCAUAGUCCUUGUGGAUCUGGACACAUCGAACGGUGUGAUGUUCCCACUGUACGAUCCAGACACAAAUCUCGUCUUUCUGUGCGGCAAGGGUGACUCUGUCAUCAGAUACUUUGAGAUCACACCUGAGCCACCAUUUGUGCACUACAUCAACACACACCAGACGCAGGAUCCACAGCGUGGCAUUGGAAUGAUGCCGAAGCGCGGAUGCGAUGUGAAUAUCAAUGAGAUCGCCAGAUUCUAUCGGCUCAACAACAAUGGCUACUGUCAGAUCAUCUCAAUGACUGUCCCGAGGAUGUCUGAACUGUUCCAGGAGGAUCUCUAUCCGGACACCAUUUCGGAUGAGCCUGGAAUGACGGCGGAAGAGUGGUCGGCCGGAAAGGACGCCGAUCCUGUCCUUGUGUCACUCAAAGGUGGUUACAUUUCGCCGUCGAACUCCAAGCAGCUCACCGUCACGAAGAAGUCCAAUGUGCUGGACAAGAUCCCACCAAGAGGCCCGAAAGGAGCGGCCGGCGUUGGCCAGAACAACUCUUCCGCCUCAAAUGCCGCCAAUAACAACGUUUCCACCCCACAAUCUUCCGGAGUAUCGGAAGCAGAACUGAAGGAGGUGCUCGAUGAGAUUCGCAAGAACAAAGACGAGAUCCGGAAGCUGAAGGCGGUGAUUGUGAAGCACGAGAACCGGAUUCGUGCGCUGGAGGCGCCCAGCAAGGCCAAAACGGAGAACGAGAACGGAUCUAGUCACGUGGACGCUGGAUCCCAGCUUCGUGGGUCGGAUGAGCCGAUGGAAUCGCUCAAGCUGGCGCCCGACGAAGUGUAAAUGAGUGGAGAAAGGGAGCUUCAUCGUCUUUUCAUCCCUCUUAGAUUUUCUACAUGCUCUUUUUCAUGCCUAUAUUUAUCUUCUGAGUCUCAUGUCAAUAUCUGUGUUCUGACAUGAGAAGAGAAAAGAAAGAAAGAAAAAAACCCCUUCUUUGUAGAAAGAGAGGAAAUUGUAACGAAAAACACAUAACUAACAAAAAUUGUAUAGAGAAAAAUUUAUACUCUUCAAGUUAAAAAAACAAUGGAAAGAAAAUAUUUGUUGAUGAAGAUGAAGAAAAGAUAUAAUUGUGUACUGUAAAGUAUUUGUAGCGCAAAUGAAGAACUAAUCGCCCCUGUUUUGGACUUUUUAAACGGAGUUGUGCCCUAAAAUCACAUUUUUUUAACAUGUACAGUUGAGAACAAUUUACUUGGAAGGAUUUAAGAAAAAAAAAUGUAUAUCUUAUUAGGCUGUGCCAAUUUGUUGCUUGAAUCAACUUUCUUUUAAAUAAUUGAGAGAAAAAAAGAAACACAAUUUUUAACAAAAUGUCACGGAAAAGGACAUCAAUCAUUAAGAGAAUUUAUGCAAAGAGAUUUGUUAAGAGAAAAAGAAAAUCACAAAUAAUUGUUAUUCAACAGAAACUUGAGAGAUUUUAUCAAAUUGAAAAAAAAAUAUAUAUAUAAAUCAACGACUCUGGAAACAACGAAGAUGCGACGAUAAUUGUAAAUGAUUUUUUAAGUGUAUUUUCUCGUUUUUUAAUACCCUCUCUUAUGUCGCCUCAGUGAGUAACUCCCUGUUUUCCUUCCUCCCUGUUUUAUACAUGUACCUAUUAUAUAUUUUACUACUUGAGAUUUAAAUGAAGAAACGAAAUGGAAAUUGUAUGAAAAAAAAGAAUUGUCUAUAUUAAUUGUAAAUGUUAUUUAUUUGUUUUCUUCUUCUUUUUCAAAAAGUCUGUGUUUUCUACAUUGUCUUUAAAUAGAAAAUCAAUUUCAACAGCUAAAUGUGAAUCAAUUAUUAUUAUUAGAGAAACAUUUCUCGCAGAAAGAGAACCUAUAUAAUGUUUUGUCAAAGAGAGCAAGAAGAAUCAAAAAUUGUGUUCGUUUCAUUGAUUUACAACGUUCUUGAUUUUUUUUUCUCAUAUAUCCUUAAAAUCCAUGCUUUUUACAGUGGGAGAACCUUUAUCGACUAUCUACACACUUAAUUUUAUUACUUUACUUUUAUACUUUGUCUCUUACGGAAGUCUACAUUAAUCAUUUCUUUAUGUAUCAUAGUUAAAAGUUUUUUUUUGUCUCUUUUCAAAUAUCUUGCCUUUUUUUUUACAACUUCCUCUGAAAAAUCCUUUCUCUCUCUCUCUCUUCACGCGAUUUCUAUUGAAGAAAAUGGUCACAUCUAAACGUUCAACAAGGCAAAAGCAGAACGAAAUAGCAAAACGGAAAAGUGUCCAAAGUAUUCAACUUUUACUGUCUAUCACAAGAAAUUAAAACAAAAAAAAAAUUGAAAAUGAAGAGAAACAAAGCCCCUAUAUAUGUUUUUUUUGCCCAUGAGGACAAAAGGAAACUAAGAAAUUAUUUGUUGUACAAAAAGAGAGAAGAAGAAAGAAGAACGAAAUACAAUUUAAUGUCAGCGUCGAAAAUUCUGGCAAAUUUUGCUUUUUACGAAGCGACACGAAAAAUGAAUUCAUCAGUCGUUCACCCAAAAAGCGGAGUCAAACUGACAGAAAGCCAGACGCAGAAGAGUUUUUCUUUGUGUAAACUAACAAACAAAAAUAGUGCUUAAAAAAAAGGAAAUUUUUCUUAUACAUUUACAAGAGAAAAUAAGAAAUAUAUUAAAACACGUGUUGAAGAGAAAAGAAAAACAUGACUGAAUAAGAGUUGUCGAGAAGCUACAAAUAAUUAAAUUAUUUACUAGCACAGAGAAAUACAAUAAUUUUUAGAUACUAACAUAAAUUAAAAAAAAAGAAAAGUAAAUUUGCAUAAAAAGGAA